AUGGACCUCAACGACUUCGCACCUGUCGAAUACCCUCGCCACCACUCUAUCAUCACCGAACCGAGCAUUCACUCAAGUGGUUUCGACACAACAACACAACCACAUCUGGAUCCACAUACUGAGUCCCCUGCGCAACAACUCCAGUUGAUCACAUCCCUGGUCGACUCCUUGAGCGCCCUGGCUACGGCUGCACCGGGGUCGCAGGAAGAUAAUACUGCCAUCGAGAAUCGUACACCCAUUUCCAUCGCGACAGCCGCGCCUGCGCCUGCGCCGUCCGCUAAAUGCCCCGACGUGGAAGAGGUCGGUCGCGACCUGCAUGAUCCCCGUGUCGCCGAUGACAGUAGCGACGGAGAGGUGGCCACUGCGCCCGUGAUUCCUUACGCCAGAAGGCCUCCUAUUUUGUCCAAGAGUUCGAGCAAGUCCAGGUUCUAUAUGCGGAAUAUGUCUCAACAACCACUGGCGCCUCGAGAUUCCAUACAGAGUCUGAGAUCCGGUGCUGAAAGUGACAGUGUCGGAAUACCUAGUGUUGAGAGGCGACAUCUUUCCAGUGCCAGCUCUACGUUGUCCGUGUUAAGCGGACUGAGCGGCUCUCUUCGCAAACCUACCGCGGAGUCAUUGCGCGACAAGGCUCUCUCGCGCCCGGUCCCUCCGCAACGCUUCUCUUCAGAUCGGCGGCGAAAGACAGAGUCAUUGUACAGCACGGAUCAAGAGAAGGAGAACAGAUAUCCCACGCGAGCUUCCUCCACGGAUGGCUAUUCGCCCAGUAGCGUCCAGCUGGAGCAGGCCAAUGUCGAGCAUUCCACCGGCGUGUCUUUGGCACGACUCAGUAGAAGCGAGCUGGGCGAUCAUUUGAUCCCGUCUCGUCGAUCAUCCCUCAGACGGAGUGCCACGGGGCUUUCUGAAGCGUCGCAAGGCUCUAGCCGUCAUUCCAUGGCUGGACGCAACCUCACAGACCUCAACAUCGACUCGGAGCUGAUUGAUGGUGAUCAUUCUACUGUCAGGAGGAUCCGUGAACUACAGGAAGCCAAGGAAAAGCGCCAGAAAGAAUGGCGGAACGAAGCCAAGAAAGCUGACCGAGCUGCCAAACGGCAUACUAUUGCAACACCCAAAGUGUCUCGGCGAUCAAGUCCCUAUCCCAAUUCGAGGCUCUCUGUGACUGACGUUGUGCAUGAGUCUUCCGAGGUCGAAGCUCCUCCUGAGGUAUCUGCUUGUGUCACAGGGGCCGAUCUCGCGAAGAUGCCUGCAUUGGUACCAGAGGUCUUCGACAGUAUGCCGGCGGGCCAAGGUACUGAUCUCGCAGCCGGUCCUUCGAUUCCGACGAGACUGCUACCUUCCCGCGCCAACAGUGUGGGUCAGAGUUCUACGAGCCAGCCGAGACGGAAAUCAAGCAGACGUGAUCCUUCUGCGGCAGAGCUCAAGUCGAUAUCAGAUGAAGUCGACACGUUUCUUGGUGCUCCCCGCUUUACCCAGAAGAUUCGUCAUCCUCGAACGGGCCGCACGAUUGCCUUUUCAGAGGUGGGUGAUCCACGGGGGUUCGUGGUGUUUUGCUGCGUUGGGAUGGGCUUGACGCGUUACCUGACCGCGUUUUAUGAUGAGCUUGCCAGGACGUUGCGGCUCAGAUUGAUCGCGCCCGAUCGACCCGGAGUUGGGGAAAGUUCUGCUGCCCCAGAAUCGGCAUGUACUCCCUUGAACUGGGUUGAUGAUGUCGCCGUCAUCUGCUCUUCCCUUGGAAUCACAAGAUUUUCACUUCUGGCACACUCUGCGGGUGCCAUCUACGCAAUGGCCGUUGCGUUGAAAAUGCCUCAGUACGUCCGUGGUCGGAUUCAUCUCCUGGCGCCAUGGAUCCCACCCUCGCAGAUGCCCAAAGGAGCAUUACUUCGGCAAGACUCACAGCCUGUUGCCAAUCUGCCCUUAUCUCACAAGAUUUUGAGUGUUCUACCGCCACAAAUACUCAAGGUGGCCAAUUCGCGGUUCUUGACGGCGACCAGUGCAUCUGUGGACGCUAGACCUCUCAAGUCAGUCAAACGGAGUAAGCAGCUCCAGGGCCUAGAAAUGCCGUUGGCCUAUUCCUUCACUGACAUGGACGAGGAUGGUCCUUUCGGCAAUGCCAGCCAUGACGUGGGGCCCGAGCAUCCACAAAUGGCAACGCCAGAUCGAGGGCCGGACAGGCUAGGCUACCGGACGAACAGCUAUUUCUCAGAAGUGGAUGGUACGCCUACCGGGACUCCAAACCCUAGGGCUCGUCGACAGACACCACAACUUAUCACGGACAAAGGGCAAGGCUCCCCUGCACCAUCUCGUUUGACAUCUGAAGCUCGACAAGCCCUUUUUGAUCAGGCUCUUACGCAUCGCAUCUGGGCGCUUGCCACUCAAAACGCAAACCCUGCCAUCGAUCUGGUUGUUUGUCUGGAACGACGGAAAGCAAUCGGCUUCCGCUAUCCCGAAGUGACUAGGUCGGUUGUCAUCCAUCAUGGCGUCAGGGACACUCGCGUGCCCCUGGAUAAUGUUCGUUGGUUACAAAGUGUCAUGAAACGAUGCGAGUUGAGGGUGCUCGAUGGAGAAGGUCAUGGGCUCAUGGCUUCGGCGUCUGCCAUGGCGAGUGUUCUUGGGGAGAUUGCAAAGGAAUGGGAAGAGUGGGAAAAGAUUGCACGAGGCAAGGACAAGAAGAAGAUGGAGGACGCUUCGUCCCGAUCCACCAAAGGCAGGUCGUGA